AUGGCGAAGGCUUUCACGCGGAGGAUGAACGCGGCGGCGGCGCGCGCCCUCGCCCCCGACUACGAGUUGGCGGGCGGCGAGAACGGCGGCGCCCCUGCGGUGGCCGCGCCCGCCGUGCCGCCCGCCCCCGCGCCCACCGUGCCUUCGCUGGCGCCCUCGCUCAACGCCGCCUUCCCCGCUUCCUCCUUCCACGCCGUCAACGUCCUCCUGCACGCCGCCGUCACCGCCGCCUUCGUGGGCGUGCUGCAGUGCGUGGGCGUGGGGCCUUGGGCGUGCCUGGGCGCCGGCUCGCUCUUCGCCGCCCACCCCGUGCACGUCGAGGCCGUCGCGGGCGUGGUGGGGCGCGCGGAGCUGUUGGCCGCCCUUGCCUUCUGCCUGGCCCUCGCCGCCUACACCAAGUACCUCCGCGGGCGUGCGACCGGGCGGGCGUGGGCGCGGCGGGCGGGUGGCGCCUGCGCCCACGGGUGCCUGCGGGCGGAGGAGAGCCUAGCGGCGCAUAAGGCGCUCAGCUGCUCGUCCGGCUUCUCGUGGGGCGCCGGCGAGUCCUGGUGCCAGCUGCAGCUGCCGGCGUGGGCGUGGCUGGCCCUCAGCGUGGGCGGCGCCGGGGUGGCCAUGGCGUGCAAGGAGCAGGGCGUGACGGCGCUCGGCGUCGGCCUCCUGCUGCACGCGGCCGCCGUCGUCUCGGGGACGCCCAGGAACAAGAGUCUGGUGCACGCCCUCAUCCGCGAGCUGUGGCCGGGCUGCGUGGGUUCGGCCAUGCUGCUGUGGGCGCGCGUGAGCCUGGCGCCCCACACGCCCUCCUUCACGCCCGCGGACAACCCUGCCGCCCACGCGCCGUCGCUGCUGACGCGCACGCUGAGCAUCGCGCGCGGGUGGGCGAUGCACGGGCGGCUGCUGGUGUGGCCGGCGACGCUGUCGUUCGACUGGUCCAUGGGCGCCGUGCCGCUCGUGACCUCGCUGGGCGACGCCGCCAACCUGGAGACGGCGGCGCUGCUGGCGGUGGUGGCGGCGGGGGGCGCGUCCGCCGCCGCCGCCUGCUGGAGGGCGCGCAGCCGCGUCGCCUACUUCACCAAACUGUACACAUAUCACAGCCACCACGCCUACCACGACGUGCUCAACAACAACGUGCAGCACGGCGACGUCGACGGCGCCCUCCCCGCCGCCCACGCCGCCCCCUGCUGCGCCGCCAGCCACUCCGCCGCCUGGUGGCACGCCAACCCGCUCCUGCUGGUGCUCGCGUGGGCGCUGCUCGUCGUGCCCUUCCUCCCCGCCUCCAACCUCGCCGCCUACGUGGGCUUCGUCGUGGCAGAGCGAGUCCUCUACCUGCCGUCGAUGGGCGCGUGCCUGCUGGUGGCGCUCGGGUGCCAGAGCCUGUGGCACCUCCUCGGCUCCUGCAAGAGCCACCGCACAGAGCCACGUAGUAGUAAAAGCAGACGCUGCCUCCGAGCGCGCCGCGGAAGGCUGGCACUCGCAGGCACUUGGGUCUUCCUCUUGCUCCUCCUCAGUGCCAGAACUUGGAGGAGAAACCAGGACUGGGCCAGCGACGAGACGCUCUAUCGCUCCGGCGUGCACAUCAACCCGCCCAAGGAUAAGUAUGAGAGCCAUUAA